UUAUGAUCAGCUGUUUUGACGUAACAGUUCAUACAUAUUGUUUUGACUGCUUACAAAAAAUUUUCUCCUAGAAAUGGUGCGCCAAACGGUUAUUACAUUGGCCAAACGUGUGCCUUUAAUCCAAUUCCGGAAGGGUGGACUACCGUCGCAAUCCAACAAAGCAGCCGCAAGUCAGCAGGCAAGUUCAGUGGAAACAGGAGGCAAAAAGACAUCUGGUGGAUCGGCCAUUGAGGAUUGGGAGUUGCCUGCACGAUAUGCCAGGAAACCAAUUGAUCCCUUGGAGGCAGCUUACAUCAACAAUGGCGGCGUGCCCAAUUAGUGAUGUAUACACCAGCAAUGACUUAACUUAACAUAAAUACAUAUGUAGUUUCAAACUAGUGAAAUAUGCUUUGCAAGCGCAGCGUAAAUUCUUUGUAACUUGUAACUGCUGCUUUUGCCAAUCACAUGUAAGCAGCAAUUUGAAAGCAUAGUCACAAAUUUCGGCUAAGUGUUAUUAAAUAUGGAAAUAUACGCUCAGUAAAUAAUCA